AUGGCCUAUAUCGUCUGCAUUUUGGCACUUUUGUGUUCUGUAUUAUGUGCUGCGAAAAACCUGGAAAAUGAGCAGGAAAUUAAAGACGUGCAACUGCUGCAAGACUCGUUGUCAUGGCUCAAGAGAUUACAAGACAAGCAGGAAUCAACAAAGACUCGGACAUUUGCAGAUUUGAUUUCUGAAUUUUUCAAACCUGAAAAUGGAAUUACCCUCCAGUGGCCCGAAGACACCGAGCAACAGGAGAAGGUUCGACGCGGCCUCGGUAGAAGCAAUGCAACUCGCAAAAUCGGCUGUAGAGUCUUCUACUGGAAAUCCUGGGCUUCCUGCUAA